GCCGUCUUAGCGUCACCGGCCCUCGGUCUGGAGUCAUCAGCCCUCCGUUCUACUGAGUUUUUUUGUCCAACUUCUUCUUUUCUCAAUUUGUCUGUGUCCAGAGUUUUUCUUCUUUCCUUUUUCUUCUUUCUUUCUUUUUUUUCCAAUUGUUAAGUUCUCUGUAACCAUAAUGACGAGUGACCCUUGUUUUCGACGAAGCAUAGGGAGGGGAAGCAGUCGAUGGCCCAGUUGGAUUAUGGCACUCAUGCGCAGAGGAGGAGGGCACUCCCCCUCCCCCGCAGCCAUCAUAGCAUCAGGCCUGGUUGCUCUGCUCUUGCUGUUCGUCAAGUUCCCGGCAUCGACAGGAGAAGAAGCUCCGACCUUGUCGCCAUCGCCGUCAUCGUGGUCGUCGCCGCCAUCGCCGUCAUCGCCGUCAUCGCCGUCAUCGCCGUCAUCGUCUUUGCUCCCAACAUCAUCGCCGUCAUCGUCUUUGCUCCCAACAUCAUCGCCGUCAUCGUCUUUGCUCCCGACAUCGUUGUCGUUGGGGAAAAACGUUUUCGGAUGGGCCGUUUCCAGCAAUUAUGGCUUUUCGUCGAGUUCUAAAAACCUCAGCGGGCGGAGAUCAGGACGUCUGCAGACGCAUAGACGGACCGGCAAGAGAGAGUCUCAGACAGAGAGAGUGCUACGGCGACCAAGACAACUGCGGAUGCAUAGACAGUCCGGCGAGAGAGAGACAGAGUCUCAGAGACUGCUACGGCCAACAGUCGAGGACGCUUGCGUUCGGUGGACCUUCCAAGAGACCGCCCUCCUGCAACAACCAACCUGCAAGGUGCUUGUCGAACAUCGCUCUUCGCUUACUCCACUCCUGAAUAGUCCGGACACGACGUGCUCGACGCUUAUGCGCAACAUCGUGCUCCAUUCCGAUGGGGGAGUCUUCUUCUUCAUUUUCGAGGAGAGAUGUGAUGCUGACAAUCGCAAGGCCGUGCAAUCCCAGGUCUCCGUCCAUCAGGGUAAUCUCCACGUGGCCGGCGGGGAGGCCCCCAGGAUAAGUUACUGGUGGAAUUCAACGGAUUUGAGCGGAUCCCGGCGUCCCAACUCCACGAUCUCCCGCGAUUACGAUUGCGAUCGGCUGAUGGAUUACCCAUCCGGCAUGGUGCUUUCCACGUCGGGAUCCCAGCUGCUCCUUGUCGGGUCGCUGCAGGAUUACCCGGGCACGUCAUGGCUGACAGCGUUGAGGAUCGCAGAUGGGUCCAGGUCUUCCACGAGGUUGCCGAUAGAGUCUGCGGAGGGGCUGAGCUGGGAUCCCGGCAUGGCGAGGCUUUUCAUGUCGGCCAGCACCACGCCACCCACGUCAAUCUCCUCUGCCGAUGUCACGCUCGAUGCCAACAGCACCUUUGCCAAUCGGACGCUGUCUCUCUCUCAAGUAGCGCAAUUCGAAUCGCAUCUGGGCUUCAACAUCUCGAAACCCUACUUCGGCCCUCAGAGCUUCACGAGCGACGGCAAGUGUCUGUACUUCAUUGAUCGGACGGCUCCUAGUGAGGUGUGGGCGUUCCAUCCAUCGUCUCAGAAUGCUACACUGGUCGCCGGCAGCAGAUCGCUCUCAUCAACACGCGUCGUCCCCGCAGAGCGAGCUAAUGCCACCAGCAGCAGCGCGAGCAGUGCUGACGUGGAUGGCUUGGAGGCAUCCUUUGGGGAAUUGCUUGACAUCGCUGUGGUGGGCGACGGGCACCAUCUGUUCGUCUCGGAGUCGAGGACCGGUCGAAUCUUAUGGAUCGAGAUGGACUCACCGUGCACCAGAGCGAGCAGAGUAACAGACAUAGCCACGUACCUCAGGCAGGAGCCUACCGGAGUCUCCGGACUGGCGGUCCAGGGGGAAGGGCAGAUUGUCAAUCUGAUCGUGGGAGUCGACGACGGCCAUAUUUUCCAGCUCAGCAUGUUCUUGAAUUCUUCCGUCCCUUUCUCUUUGCCGUCGCCAUCGAGGACCGGUCCGAUGCCAGACCCCCACGCGUCGCUCCGUGCACGUCCUUGUGUCCCUGAACCAUAUUCAGAAGUUUCGUCAGAACUUUCGACAGAAUUCUCUCCAGAACCUCCAGAACUUUCUCCAGAACGAGGAAGCGCUAAGAGGGUGGUAGUUGUCGUCUGUGCGGUUCUAAGUAGCGUUAUCUUGUGCUUGAUUUGUGGUUUGUCUGGUUUCCUCGUCAUGAAGAGGCCGUGCUCUAGCAUCGUUGCGCGCUAGCCCGUGGAACUCCCCGUAGCUCGACAAGUC